AUGGAAGAGCACCGUGAAACAUGGGCACCACCAAUAUGGGCACCCGACACACUCAGCUACAGAAAGUUUUUUAAUGCGUCCGUGUCGGGAGACAUGCAAGCGAUGCAGGAGGCUCUAGCUACCGGAGAAAUUAAUGUUAAUGCGUGCCCGAAGUGGGCAGACUGGGAAGGUGACACGGCCCUACACCAAGCCGCUGAAUACGGUCAUCUCGAACUUGUCCAAUUGCUUAUAUCUCAUGGUGCCGAAGUCGACCGGAGGAAUUACUCGCCAGUAGGACCAAUGACUGCCCUACACCUUGCCGCCUAUCAAGGGCAUAUUGCUAUCGUCAAGGAACUCCUGCAAAACGGAGCUGAUGUGAACACCCGCGGUCAAAUGGGAGGGCCGCUUUUAAAUUUUGUGCUGUGGAAUAAAAGAAGCAUUUCCGAUAAGGAGUAUAAGAUCAUCGAGCUGGUGCUCAGCCAAGGGAGUUAUAAUAUUCAUUCAUGGCUCAUGGAAAUGGGGGGCACGAUACUCCAUCAAGCGGCUGAAAUUGGGGAUCUCACACUUAUCCAGUAUUUAGUAGGUAAUGGAGCCGACUGCAAUUACGUCGCCCCGACCUACGAGACUGACACUGUGUUAUACCAUGCUGUUAUGUAUAAGCAGAUUGAUGCAUGUAGACUGCUUAUUGAUUUAGGGGCCCAGGUCACUCCUGGCGCCUUUGGUCAAGCCUCUUCUAUGGAUAUGAUUGAGCUUCUACGUCCCCAUCUUAGCCAGUCAGAUAUAUCGAUUAGCGGAGUUUUACAUUUCGCGCCUGCCCACUUUGUGCGUGAUCUUUUGGCAAGGCAGAUAGUGAACGUGAAUGAUGUGAAUCUGAAUGGCGAGUCAUCGCUUUUUGGAGCAUGCUUAGGAAGAAAAUCUACGGCAAAGCUUGAAGCUCUACUGGAAUUUGGGGCUGAUCCUCAUGUUCGUACUUCUCGAGUCGUACCAGGUAAGAUAUACAAAGGGGACACACCGUGUAUCACUAUGCUCAUUCGAGCCGGGGCGGAUCUGGAAGCUAGAAAUGAAGCAGGGCACACCCCUCUAAUUCGACUUGCUAUGUCGGAACGAAAUAUACCUGAAAAAGAUCACCAGGAAAUUUUCGAGCUUCUUAUAAAGGAAGGAGCAGACGUCAAUGCGAUUGAUUUGGAACAAAACACAGCCCUUCAUCAUUUGGCUAUGUACAGAAGGCAUGUCAUGAGUUCGCUGGAAAUCCUGGGGGUCUUCCAGUUACUCGUGAAAGCGGGUGCAUUGACCAAUUUGGCUAACUCGCAAGGCAAAACUUGUCUAGAAUUAUUCAGUCCAAGUGCAACCUUUCGCAUGUCCAUAGAUGCGCUCUUUCCAUAG